AUGUCCACCUACAGUUUUCCUACCAAUGGCUUUCCGGCGCUGUCCAGCCAACCAAUCGCAGUUGUGGGCAUGGGGAUGCGCCUCCCUGGCGGCGUUCGAACGGCAGAGCAGCUCUGGGAUGCACUUAUCGAGAAAAGGGAUUGUUCGUCAGAGGUCCCCAAGAGCCAGUACAAUGUGGACGGGUUCUAUAGUGCGGAUAAGCCUGGGGCAUACAUCGGGAACGCUGACUUGAACUUCUUCCCGGCGAUUCCUGGCUUUGAAAUGGACGAACUAGACCCGCAACAGACUUUGUUGAUGGAGGUCGUUUGGGAGUGUAUGGAAAAUGCUGGCCAGACAGGCUGGAAUGGCAAAGAUAUUGGCUGCUACGUUGGUGUUUUUGGCGAAGACUGGCAUGAGCUCGCAGCAAAAGAGACACUGUCAAUACCUCGCGUGCAUGCCUUUGCUAAUGGGGCGUACACGCUGUCCAACCGCGUCUCUUAUCAAUUCAAUCUGAAAGGCCCAAGUGCGACUAUUAUGACUGCAUGCUCAUCGUCCUUGACAGCUCUUCAUGAGGCCUGUCAGGCCCUAAACAAUGGUAGUUGUUCCUCCGCCAUCGUAGCCGGAACCAAUAUGAUUCUAGCGCCAUCUAUGACAAUCAACAUGUCGGACAACACUGUUCUGUCCCCGGAUGGGUAUUGCAAGGCAUUUGAUGCUAGAGCUAAUGGCUAUGGGAGAGGAGAGGCCGUUAAUGCAAUCUACAUCAAGCCCUUGAGCCGAGCAAUCGCAGACGGGGAUAACGUACGUGCAGUCAUUAGGGCAACGUCGGCAAACUAUGAUGGGCAAUCGGCCAAGAUAUUUGCCCCAGACAUCGAAAGCCAAGAGCGACUGAUACGAAAAGCUUACCAAAAAGCACAAAUUAUGGAUCCUUCAGAAACAUGCUUCAUCGAAUGUCAUGGAACCGGCACCAAAAUUGGAGAUGUAGUCGAGACAACAGCAGUUGCCCGAGUCUUCGGUUCGCGAGGAAUGUACAUUGGAUCGGUUAAAACCAAUUUCGGUCACGGCGAAGGUGCAUCGGGUCUGACAGGAGUGAUAAAAGCCAUACUCUCCUUGGAGCGUCGUAUCAUGCCACCAAACAUGCACUUUGCCCAACCUAAUCCCAAGAUACCCUUUCAGAAAGGACGCUUGGCAGUUCCUACCCAGCCAAUUCCAUGGCCUUCUGAUCGGAAGGAACGAGUCAGCGUUAACGGUUUCGGCAUCGGUAGCGCCAACGCACAUGUUAUUCUGGACUCAUGGCCUACCCCGAGGGAUGAGGCCACAGAGUCUGUCUCGGGACAUCCUCAUAGAAGCCACCUGCUUGUGGUCUCUGCUGCAAGCGAAAGAGCAGUCCAGGCUCGCUGCGAAGCAGUGAGAUCACACAUACUUGAGAAGCCUUCCCUGAUCUCUGAUGUUGCCCACACCCUCGGAGCGUGUCGUGAGCACCUUCCAUACCGUACGUAUAUGGUGGCUAGUGGUAAUGAUACUACUGAUGAACCUCGUUUGACUCGAAAUGCAUCUACUUCCCGCACGAACGACAUAGUAUUUGCAUUCUCCGGUCAGGGUUCGCAGUGGUGCGGCAUGGGGAGAGAAUUAAUGGCUUCGUUCCCGGGUUUCAAGCUCGACUGCCUCGCUAUGGACCAAAUAUUGCAAGAGUUGCCAGAGCCGCCCACAUGGAGAAUCGCUGAUGAACUCCAAACGCUGGAAGACCCACUGAAGAUGGAGGAGCCUGUAUUUUCACAGACUUUAUCCGCUGCUGUGCAGAUUGCAUUGGUGAAUCUUCUCGAAAGUUGGGGCAUAUACCCUGCGGCAGUAAUUGGCCAUUCCAGUGGUGAGGUUGCAGCUGCUUAUGCGGCGAAAGCGAUUCCCCUUCGAACGGCCAUAAUCGUAGCCUACUACCGAGGCCUUUGCGCUAUGUCUUGCCCACUAUCAGGAGGAAUGGCUGUUGUUGGCCUAGGAAUAAAUGCUGUUAAGAAGUAUCUCAAAGAUGGACUCGUGGUGGCAUGUGAGAAUGGCCCUGAGACGAUCAAGGCUGAUAAUUCAGACACUUUCAGCAAAUUGCUGCCUAUACGCAUGGCUUACCAUUCCCCCGAUAUGAAACAAGCGGCGACUGUCUUUAGAGACUUGAUUGAGCCUUAUAUCGUUUGCAAUGAUAACAUGAUACCGUUGUAUUCGACACUUACGGGCUCGGUAGUCAACGAUCCCACUCAGCUUAGCGCUGGCUAUUGGGCAGCCAACCUUGAGUCUCCAGUCCUUUUCGCCAGAGCUGUCGAGUCUCUCCUUGCUGCUAAGAAAGACAUAUCGAAGACUUUCAUCGAAGUCGGACCCCACAGUUCGCUCUCAGCACCUCUGCGCCAGAUACUUGCUCGGCAUACAUCGCAAGCGAACAAAUACAUUCCCACCCUUUUGAUUGAUCAAGACCAAGCACGCUGCUUAUUGCAAGUGGCUGGAGAACUAUUCUUAACUGGAUUUGUUAUUGAUCUGGAAGCAAUCAAUGGCAAAGGCCAUUUUGAAAGUCGACUCAGUAGAAAUUGGAGAUUCCGUCAGCAUCCACGCCAUGAACUUCUAGGUUCCCGGACGCUAGAAUUCAACGAUAUUGAACCAUCCUGGAGAAAUCUACUAAGCCCAGUCGAUGUGCCAUGGCUUGGUGACCGUUGUAUCAUGGGCGAAACCCAAUUUCCAUGCGCAGGGUACAUUGGAAUGAUCAACGAAGCAGUCCGUCAGAUAUCUGGCAUGCAAGAGUGCACUAUCCGGAACCUAUGCAUUCAGGCUCCUCUUUUACUUCACCAAUGGGAAAAGAUGGAAAUUGUAACAAGCGCAAAGCCUGUCAAAAUUAGUGAUCGAGUAGCCUCUGCAUCCUACGAAUUCAGCAUUAUGUCCUACAACGGUAUUGAGUGGGUCAAACAUACUGUAUGUCAGGCCGCAACUGGCACAGCACAGCUUGAUCUGCAUUUGGACUCAGCUCAUGAAUGCGCACGGCCCGUGACUUCAGACUAUUUAUACCAAGAGUUGCGAAAACUUGGUUUGGAGUAUGGGCCCGCCUUUAAAGUUCUGGAGAGCAUUCGAGCGGACCCCUUAAGUUACAGAGCGACCGCAAUCAUCCGAACCGAAGACGUCCAUGCCGUGCAGCCUACAACGAUUGACAAAGGCUUGCAACUUCUCAGUGUCGCAGCUUCAAGGGGGAAAUCAAUGCAGAAUUCACGGCCUCACGUUCCUGUGUUUGUGGAUACUAUUGAGGUCGGUCGGAACCGACCGCUGGUGAAGGUGACAGCGUCUAUGGAGAGUCUCGUUGUGAGCCAGUCCAAGACCAAAGUCAGCUUAAUAGAUAAUACAGGUCAAUAUAAUGGAGGAAUACUCUCCAUGAAAGGGAUUCUACUCGUUCCAUUGGAGAGCAGCAUAAAAGCUGGGUCCAACAACAUCCCUUUGGCAACAUAUGGCGAAUGGCGCCCGGACAUGGAUCUGAUCACAGCCCAGGACCAGCUUUCUGGACUCAAAAGCUUAAAUGAUUCACAGGUGCGCACGGUUGUUGCAGCUUCAACACUGAAUAUGAUCCAAGUACAUCGACUUCUCCAACAUACACUUCCCUUCUCGGAGAAGUCGAAGGAGUAUCACUACUGGAUGCAAGCCCAGAUCGACAAUAUACUAACCGGCAAGUUGACCACUGUCGAACAGGCAAAGACGUGGGCAACACUAGAGGAUUGCGAUCUAUUGAAGGAGGCUAAAGCUUUGAAUGAAACUCUCGAAUCGGAGGGAUUAAAGCACGUUUCGGACCUGUUGGAGGGCACUUUGAACUCGACAUUGGAUGUCAGCCGAGGCUUCUGUGACACUGAAUCGGUAUCAAAUUUGCGCAGUCUGACAGAAUGCUCCAAGAUGCCGCCCACAAGUGACCUGUUUGUUUGGCUUUCUCUUGUCUCACAUUGCAAUCCGACGCUACGAGUUCUCGAGAUAGAAGCCCACGAGACUUCUUUCACCUCCUCAGUCCUCUCACAGCUCAAGUCAACAAGCGAAAGACUAUACUCAAGCUAUACAGUCACGAACACAAACGGUAAUACGCAUCUUAACUUUCAACAGCUGGACAUCACCCGAGAUCCACUACUGCAAGGAUUUCAGGAAGGCGCUUUUGACUUGGUGAUAGUGUCUAAAAUGUGUCUUGAGAAAUCAGGACUUGAAAAUUCCUUACAGCACAUCAAGAGACUCCUCACACAUAAUGGGAGUCUUCUACUGCACGUACCAAGUCCAGUAAGACUGACUAUACUCAAGAGAUUGUUAUUUUUGGUCGGGUGUAGCAAACUCGACGCCCAGUUAGGAGACUGUCAGCCCCUUGAUGCAUGGCAAAAUUCACUUCUGCUGGCAGGGUUCACCGGCGUUGACACAUAUUCAUACGACGCUAGGUUUCCGUAUCCAUUGCGCUACAAUAUAAUCUCACGUAUAUCCGACUGGAAUGCAGUGAAAAUCCCAAAGGCAAUAUACCUUCUAUGCACGACUAAGCGACACGAUCAUCCGUGGAUAUGCAAUGUGGAAGCCGUACUUGAGCAGGCAGGCUAUCACACCGAGCGAUGCAUACUUGGAGGAGAAUUACCUCCUAAUCAAUGCGUUAUUUCCUUUUUGGAUCUUGAUAAACCUUUCUUCAAAGACAUAGACAUACAGAGCUGGGGCUGGUUUCAGUCCUUGAUCAAAUGUUCUCCUCGCAUUCUUUGGAUUACCCCGUCCGUCGAACUCGGGUGCCAUGAUCCUGAAUUUGGAAUUGUAUUUGGUGCAUCACGAACAGUUCGGCAGGAGGAAGCACUCCAUUUCGGUACAUUGCAGAUAGACCAAUUCAACAGUACUGCAAUUAGGCCUACUUUGGGAGGUCAAGACACGAAUGACAUAGAAUACGAGUUCGCUUUGCGGAAUGGGACCAUUUACAUCCCGAGGUUCCAUUGGGAGUCCCUUUCUGACUGUCUUCUUCGGGAGCCGGAUCCAACAAUUCCCAUCAAAUUAAACGUCAGUACAUACGGUUCAAUGAACUCUCUUGGUUGGGCUGAACAUGAACUCGGUCUUCCUGGGCCACGCGAAGUUAUAGUUGAUGUCAGUUAUGUUGGCUUGAACUUCAGAGAUAUUAUGAUCCAAUUGGGAAUCAUGGCGAGCAAAGAUGAAUUUGGGGUCGAGGCUAGUGGCAUCCCUGGCGAUCAGGUCAUGCUGCUUCAGCCUGGGCUUUUCUGCUCGCGCGUGUGUGUUCCUGUUUCCAGCUGUGUGCGUCUACCAGCGUGGCAAUCCUUGGAGGAUGCUGCUUCAAUGGCUGUGGCAUACGGGACAGCCCUCUACUGCUUGACAGACAUUGCUCGGCUAGAAAAGGGUCAGUCUGUGCUAAUCCAUGCAGCAUGUGGAGGGGUUGGUUUGGCUGCGAUCAACUUGUGCCAGAUGCUUGGUGCCGAAAUAUAUGCGUCAGUUGGCAGCGAGGAGAAAGCUUUGCAUCUUGUCAAUACGUUCCAUAUCCCGCGACAUCGGAUCUUUAAUUCGAGAGACAGCAGUUUCCUUCCGGGAAUACUACGUGAAACGGGUGGCCGCGGGGUUGACGUUGUGCUCAACUCGCUGGCUGGAGAGCUGUUGCAUGCAUCAUGGUCAUGCGUUGCAGAGUUUGGUAAAAUGAUAGAGAUUGGUAAACGAGAUAUCCUCGAGCAUGGAAAAUUGCCAAUGGAUGCUUUUGGGGGUAACCGGGCCUUUUUUGGUGUGGAUCUCAUAAGACUGGGGCAGAAACCUGGAGCCUUUGCAAGCUUAACGUCUCGAGUGAUGGAUCUCUAUGAAGAGGGCAAAAUAUCCCCAAUCCGCCCAUCGAAGGUCUUCGAGGCUUGCGAUGUCAAAGAAGCAUUCCGAUACAUGCAAAGCGGCCUCCACAUUGGUAAAAUCCUGAUAAGGAUGCCUUGGAAUACCAAUGGCCUCAAUGUUGCUCGGUCACGAAGACAGUCAGCCCUUUCACCCGACUUAGCCUAUGUUUUAGUCGGUGGUCUAGGGGGCAUUGGACAGACACUUGCGACCUGGAUGGUGGAGAAGGGCGCCCGACACUUGAUGUUUCUCUCGCGGUCCGCAGGCACAUCUGCCGGAGACCAGUCGUUCGCACAUGAACUGGAGAUCCAGGGAUGCACGGUUGUACUGGCCAAAGCCGACGUGUCGAUUUCGGAGGAUGUGAAAGCCGUCAUCCGCUCAUGCCCUCGCCCUAUCGGUGGAAUCCUCCAACUAUCGAUGGUUCCUCGGGACCAAUUCAUCCAAAAUAUGACACACAAGGACUGGCAAGAUGUAUUGGCCUGUAAGGUCGCAGGCACCUGGAAUCUGCAUCAUGCGCUACAAGGUCACGAUGCUCAUCUGGGGUUCUUUGUCCUCUGUGGUUCCAUUUCAGGUGUCUUGGGUACCCCAUGUCAAAUCAAUUAUUCCUCAGCCAAUGCUUUCUUGACCUCUUUCACGCAGUAUCGCCUGCAGCUUGGACUUCCCGCCUCGGUCGUCAACCUCGGCGCCGUGGGAGAUGUGGGAUACAUCGCCACACAAGACCCAAAACUACGAGAGCGAAUGAGCUCUGGAUCCGUGCGCCUUCUGCAGGAGCAGGAAGUUCUGGACGCAUUCGAACUCGCUAUCUUCAAGUGUCAAUCAGGGGCUCCCUUGCGUAUAGCUGAUGGUACCAUCAGGGCGCCAAACAACAUUAUUGUUGGUAUGAGCAGUACCAAAUCCCUAACCGACCUCUCGGUCCGUCCGCUUUGGGGUCAAGAUGCGCGAUUCGGCAUCUACCGGAAUCUCGACGAGGACGUCAACACAGGCCCAGCUCGGUCGUCCUUGAGCAACGCAGCAGCCAUGCGGGAUUUUCUAGCAAAGAUUGAGAGGCAACCUGACAUGCUCGACACCGAUGACAUGGCCAACACGAUACUUGAGUACUUGAUCAAGUCUAUACAGGAGUACUCUAAGUUCGCCCAUAAUCUUAGCUACGAUCAGGUAGUGGAAUUGCCUAUUGACUCCUUGAUGACGGUUGAGCUUCGCAAUUGGUCUCGUCGCAAUUUAGGUGUUGUGUUGUCUCUAACGGCUAUUAGCAAGGCAGGUACUAUUGGAGGACUGGGUGAGCUGGCGCUGGCGUCUUUGCGUUCGAAGUAUAAUAUCUACUACACUGUUAUGAUACAGAAUCCAAGGUCCCAGCCGGUAUAUACAUACAAGCAAGUACCAAAGCAGACUUCCACUCAUAUAAAGCUAAGAAGCAAGUCACCCUCCCUAGUAAAGAGUACCGCAGUACCAGUUCUCAGCCUUAUCCACAUCACCAGAGCCCUUAUACUUAGCCAGCUGAGGAUGAGGGCAAAUCGGUCUCUGCUUGUCGACGCCAUCAGCAACAUCAUCGUUCUUGAACUUGGUCGGGAUGAGAUAAUCAGGGGCAGUGCCGUUCUCGACCCAGUUCAUAAUAGCCAGGACGAGAUCGUGCUUGGGGUCAUUGAAUCCGGGAACGCCGAACACCGUUCCGGAGAGAGAAGAGGCCUGGCUGUCUCCGUUCAUGUAGUACGGGGCGUCCUGGUCGGAGGGCGUGCUGGUGCAGUGCUCCAUACCGGGGAUCAGGAAGAAGCGGUAGAAGUCGUCGACGGGGAUGUCCUGGGGACGGAGGGCUUCUUGGAUGUGGUUGUACAGGUAGACGGAGGAGCCGGUGGCGAUGGACGGGUCGGAGUAGCCGUGGUAGUGGAGGAGCUUGCCUCCCUUCUUGUAGAAGGGGGAGAUGUCGAAGUCGUCGGCUGUGGCGUUUCCGGGGUUGAUCUUGUCGGAGAGGGCCACGAGGUCCGGGUUCCAGUCCUUCCAGGUCCAGUCGCCGCCGAUCUGGAGCAUGUAUUGGAUGUAGGUGACGAAGUCGUCGUCCAGGCUGGGGGCGCCGACUUCAGUGCCCAGGGUGUAGCCGGGGAAGAUUAG